GUGGCUCGAUCAAGGUGUCAAUGACGUAGACAUUGAGCCAAACGAACUCGCUCUGACUCGCUCUGAAGACGAACACACUAUGGCUGCCGAAAACGCAGGGCUGUACCUCGAAAUGCUCAAGUCCCAUUCGGACCACAUCUUCCGACAUUAUAACGGCUCUCCUUCAGAAGAUUCACUCCCUUUCGAAGAGACUUUUGUUCCUCCUAACACAUACUGGACUUCUGAUGAGAAGUAUAAACUUUAUCACCACCUGCAGAGGUUUUCGCGCUUUCGUCUCGAUCUGGUUGCGGAGGCUAUGGGAACUAAGACUGUUGUUGAAGUUAGCACUUACCUUGGACUCGUGGCUCGUGUCGUGCACGAACGUUAUUCCCGCCACGCCGCACCCAGACGCGACAGAUUCCCAGCUGCAAUAGAGAUGAAAAAUGCCUGGGUAGAGUUCGAGGAGGGGAUGUCUCAAUAUGUCCUGGAAGCUGAGGAUGAGACCAUCCGGUCAGAACUCGCCGCGAGCCGUCGUCUGUCAUGCAAGAAUGCUGGUGUCGUACCGCAUCAUGUAGGCGUCGGUGCAUUCGUUAAGGAAUCUUUUAGGAUGUUGAGGUCAAAGAAACUUCAAAACGGUCAUGACACUCCUGCUUCGAAAUUAUCGUCCAUACCAACGGGAUCUUUGAAAAUUUCCUGGAUCGAAGAAGACCUGUUCAGGGAGCUCGACAAAGAUAAUCUUUCGGUGAUGGAUGACAUGCUAGACUCUCAUUAUGGAUUAGACUCUUCGUCCCACCACGCACCUCUCGCUUCUAACUCGGACGCUGCACAUGAUAGCCAUUCAGAUGACGAUAAUCCGUCUAUAUCUCCUGCCUGUGACUCGCUGACUGACAAAAAGGGCUCGCUUGAAAUCAGCCGUACUAAGGUUGCAAUGAUGUCACCCCUCGAACGCCGGCGCUACCGUAAGCGCCUAUGGAUGCGCAAGAAGAGGGCUCAGGAGAAACUCGCCAUAGAGGGAAUUGAUCCUAGCUUUGCAGUCUUCAGCGAGUCUACUGGGAGGCUCAGCAAGCGUAGAAGGACAUCGGCGAUGGACCCUUUCUCUACUCCCAGCACCGUUCGUGCCUUCCCUGAAGACGCUGCAUUGGGUGACCCGAUGAAUUAUCAACGCAAGCGCACGGAGAAGUUUGAUUUGGUGAAGAAGGUAGCUCAGUAUGUCAACUUCACGGCGGGGAAUUUGAUCCAGGAUGAUGUCGACAUUUUUUAUUUCUCCAGACUCGGAAACCUUCUUCAUCGCGAGAGAUCUUCGACAAUACCUGGAAAUCGUGAUCCAACGAACGAUACUGAUUGCAGAGAAUAGCCGGGAUACUAGAACUCAACCUCAAAUCACUAAAUAUGAUGUACUGAAGUCUGCCUCUAUUUUUAGCCGACCAGGAGCUUUCUUGUCGAGAAAAUCUUUCAUUCAAACUUUACCUUCGCGCCUUUCCCUUACCGUUCUUGAU